AUGGAUAGACAGGGGAUAGACACAAUUUAUAAAACCGAUUCUUCAAGAUUGAUGACAUUGCGAAAUAAUACAGAAACCUUAAGUAGGAUAACAUUAUUAAUCUAAGUUAUCAACACAUAAGGAUUUGAUAGUCGGCCUGGAUUAGGGUUACAAUUCAAUGAACAAUAAAUUCCAGAGAGUUGUGUUAAUGACGAUAAUGAAUUGUAUGCUUCAGAAAAUUCCUCUGUUUCAAAUUAAAGUAGACAUCGAAGUAGAAAAGAAUCAAAAGCGGAAUCCCUGAGUAAAAUCAUGAAGGAAACCCAGAAAAUUUAAUCAGACGAUUUCCAUUAGCCAAUUGGAGGGUGGGAUAAUAAAAUAUGGUAAAAAGGAGCAUUAAGAAUUAUGACUUAUGUUAUCAGAUUCGUAAUGGCAUUAUUAAUCAACUCUGAGAAGUUCAAAUUUACCUUCAUGAAAAAAAGGCAAUUCUAAGCAAUAAAUGAUUAAUCAGCCAUUUUUGAUUAUUAUGAGGAGAGAUUUUUAAUACGGGGCAAAAAGAAGCUUAGUUAUUCAUAAAUUCUAAAAUUAAGAAUUCAGAACAACUGCUUAUAUUAGUCCUGCCAUAUAUUUUUUUAAUAUCUCAUUAAUAAGAUCAUCUUCAUCAUAGUUCCAACUAGCACUCCUAAACUAAUAUGGGAUGUAUUCCUCUUGAUAAUUUUAUCAAUUCAGAUGGUCUUUGUUCCAUUAAAGAUUUGCUUUUAAAUUGAGAUAACAUAGGAUCUGUUGUAGUUUUUUUUAUUGACAUUACCACUCUAUGUCUACCUGAUAGAAAUAUUGUUGAAUUUUUUAACAGGAUAUUAUGAGCAUGGUGUAUUGGUAAUAGAUUAGAAACAAAUUGCAAUGCAUUAUUUAAAAUCUACAUUUAUGUAUGAUUUUUUAAGUGUGAUGCCUUAAUUUAUUAGUACUAUAAGCAAUGAAUCCCAAAUUUUUGAGAUUCUCUUAUUGAUACGUUUGAAAAGGUUGAUAUUGCUUGCGGAUACACUAGAAGAGACCUUAAAUUUGAGAUAGCAUUAUUAGACAUUCAUUGAUGUUGUUCGUCUGCUGAUUUAAUUUCUAUUUUUGUCACAUCUAUUUGGAUGUGUGUGGCAUUACAUAGGAGUUCUAGAAGAAUAAUUUGGAUACGAUCAGAAUUGGAUCAAGUAGAAAAAUAUAGAUGGAGAGUCGUGGUUUGUUAGAUAUGUAUUUUCAAUAUACUGGAGUUCUAUUACUACAUUGACAAUUGGAUAUGGAGAUGUCAUACCAGUAAGUAGUGUUGAAAGGAUGUUUGUGGUAAUAGUAGCUGUAGUCAGCAGUGUGGUAUUUGCUUAUACAAUUUCGAGUAUUGGGAAUAUUUUUAGUCAAUUGAAUGAGAAUAAGAAGAAUUAGAGACAUAAAAUGUUUCUAAUAAAGAAUUUUAUUGAUGAAAGGAAUGUAAAUAAAGUAUUGGCUAAUAAAGUCAAAAAGUUUUUUGAAUAUUUUAUUUAGAUUGAUCAUACUUCAGAUAAUGAAUGCGUUAAAUUGAUUGAGAAAUUAGAUCCAACUUUGAAAACAGAAUUGAAGAUAGAUAUCUAUAGAAAAUUUAUAUCAAAUUCUAAGUUAAUAUCUGCCACGUUCUCUGAUCUGAUGUUGAAUGAAAUUUGUUAAUUAGUCUAAGAAAAAUAAUACAUGCCAGAUGAAUUUAUUGUUAUUUCAGAUUAAGAAAUUAAUGAAUUAUAUUUUGUGUUAGAAGGAGAAAUCUCAUUGAUUGUAGAGUUAAAUAAAUUCUCACAAUUAUCCCUAAUUAAAAAAAAUGAGGUUUUGGGAGAAAAGUAUUUUCUUACUAACGCUAAACUGCCUUUCUCAGCCAAAGCCUAGAGUUUCGUAAGAGUUGCUGUCUUGGAUAAAUAACAAUUAAAUCUCCUACUCCAAAAAUACCCAGAAGAAUUAGAAAAAUAUAAAUAAGCAUUGAAUAAAGUUAAAUUGCAGGAAAGAAUCAAAUUAGCAGGUUGUGAGCUCUGCUAUUAAAAUCAUAAAGUUUUAGAAUGUCCUUUUGUCUUCUAUUAACCAAACGUUCGAUUUAUAGUUAAACGAUAGUACCUUUAGGAAUAAGCAAGGCGAUAGUUUGAACGAAGACAAGCUAAAUCGCAUAAUUCUAAAAGUGAUCGACUGGGCAUAUAAUAUCGAUUAGUCACAUAUGCUUUGGAGAAUAAUUUAAUUUAAGAAGAAUCUAUAAAUGAUUCUGUAAUUAAGAAAAUGGAUUUGUAAUGCUUGGAACAUCAAAAAAAUCUAUUUAGAUCCUGUACUGAUUCUUCUAUUAAUACUCUGAUCAAAAAUAACAUUAACCCUAAUUUUCAGAGCGGAGGCAAGGAAAGUCCUCAUGAGAGUCAAGAGUAAAUAAUGAGAUAAAAUUCAAAUAAUACUCAUAAUCCGAGACCUAGUUUUACAGGAAUUGGAAGUACAAAGUAGAUGUCAACUUUGAAAUUAAUUAAAUUAACUAACAAAAAGUAAGAAAAGUAAGAAAUAUUUGAAAAAAUUGAAUUAAAAGUACCUGAGAAAAUAGUUUUAUAAGAUAUUUGCGAACAUUCAUCUGAUUCUGAUUUAUAAUCACCUGAUAAGACUAAAUUAACAAAAUAAAAUAGUUUCACUUUUUGUGCUUCAUCGGAUUUCAAAACUCAAUUGAAAGUAGAGUACUAUUAGAAAUUAAUCAUUAAUGAGUUGGAUGGUCUAGAUAAAUAUUAAGAAUACUAAUAUUAUUAUCCUUAAUACAAUGUUGAAAGAGUGAUUGAGAUGAUUAAUGAGAAGUAUAAAUUAAAAAGACUCAAACAAUCUAAAACAUUGAUUAGAAGAUAAAGCAGAUAUUUAUCAUCUUUUCCUACCAUAUCAUUAAGAAAGAAAAAAAGUGGAAUUAUUGGGGAAGAAAUUAUACAUGAGAAUUGA